AUGGACAAUGGAAAACAAACUUGCGAAAGUGAUAAAGUACUCAACCAGCCCCGGAGUUGGCUGGACCGUGAGAACGUCAACUCAAAGGCCCUGGUGUUCAAUGUCCAAAACCAGGUUGUCCUCGCGACUGACUCAUACCAAGCCAAUGACCUCGAUUUCGGACAGACCUGGGAGAUUGACAAAGCAAGUGGUCCAUCCACUGGUUUUGUCAAGCCCAGCGAGGCCGGUGAAGGCUUGGCUGGCGUAAAACCAGUCGGAUUGAACCUUGAGGACAAACUUAUGAACAUAGCAACAGCCUCACGGUUGAUUGGGUUGGAUAACUGCUUCAAACCCAACGUGCCGUGGCUUGAAGAUCCCAAACCCACAGGCAAGGGAACUCAAAGCACCUCACUGAUUUGGUGGCAGAAUCACAUGGCAUCCACAGGCGACUAG